ACCUUGGCGCCACCAACAGCUCCAGUGUAGCCUACCCCAACAGCCUUGCCUUCUAUCCUUCUCCGUUCCAGAUGCGUAACCUUACCGACAGCUCUACCUUCUCCUUCUCGGCCACCUUCGCCUUCGCUAUACUUCCUUACGAAGACAGUGCACGUGAUGGAAUUGCCUUUGUCAUCGCCCCGAACACCAGCUUCACCAAUGUUACCAGAUAUGACUACUUCGGUCUUCUUGACCGCGAAGACAGCGGCAAAUCAUCAAAUCACCUCGCCUACAUUGAGCUAGAUAUCUGGUGUGACAGAGAGUUCGGUGACAUAGACAACAACCAUGUCGGCAUCAACAUCAACAGCUUGAAAUCCUCAAGAUCCUCUCCAGCAGGCUACUACAUGGAUGAUCCAUUCUCUGAUUUGCAUCCGCUGCGGCUGUCCAGUGGCAAGGUGAUGCAAGUAUGGAUAGACUAUGACCACAGCCUUAUGCAACUCAACGUCAGUCUAGCUCCUAUCCUAGAACCAAAGCCCAAACACUCUUUGCUAUCUCACACUAUUGAUCUUUCGCAAGUGCUGCUAGAUCACAUGUACGUCGGCUUCUCAUCAGCGGCUUCCUGGGAUUGUUAUGGCUGUUUCAUUCUCGGCUGCAGCUUCAAGGUGAAUGGAAAACCUUCGUCACUUGACUACUCCAAGUUGCCAAGAGUAAAUAAAACCAAAUUACCUAGUCCAUUUAUCCUGGACUACCCUAAGUUAGCGAGCAGAGUCUUUAUUUUUCCUUUCUAUAUUUUUAUUGGUUCAGCUGGGACCCUAAUACUACUUGUGCCCAUCAUCCUAGCCGUGAGAAGAUGCUACAGGUACCGGGAGAUCCGCGAGGACUGGGAACUUGAGUUCGGACCCCACCGGUUCUCGUACAAGGACCUGUUCCAUGCUACCGAUGGCUUUAAGGACAAACAAUUGCUUGGGACAGGAGGAUUCGGAAAGGUAUACAAAGGAGUGCUUCCAUCAUCAAAGUUGAAGGUUGCAGUUAAGGUCAUGUCCCACGACUCAAAGCAAGGGAUGAAAGAGUUCAUUGCAGAAGUUGUAAGUAUAGGUCGCCUUCGGCAUCGUAAUCUUGUGCAAUUACUUGGGUAUUGUCGUCGUAAAGGUGAACUGCUGCUAGUCUACGAGUAUAUGUCAAAUGGCAGCCUUGAUAAGCACUUGUAUGAUCUAGAGAUGCCUUCCAUGGGUUGGGCUCAGAGAUUUGAGAUUAUCAAGGGUGUUGCAUCAGGUCUCCUUUAUCUGCAUGAGGAGUGGGAGCAGGUUGUCAUACACCGAGAUGUCAAGGCAAGCAACGUCCUUCUUGAUGGUGAGAUGAACGGACGACUAGGCGACUUCGGCCUAGCUAGGUUGCAUGACCAUGGUGUUGAAGCACAUACAACAUGUGUUGCAGGAACUAGAGGCUACAUCUCCCCUGAAUUAGCAAGGCUUGGAAAGGCCACGAAAGCAACUGAUGUGUUCGCGUUCGGCGCAUUCAUCCUGGAGGUUGCCUGUGGUAGGCGACCGAUCGGGGUGAAUUCCCAUGGUGAACCUCAACUCCUGGUGGACUUCGUGCUGAAGUUUUGGCAGCGCGAUUUGAUUGUUUGCAUGAUGGAUCCUAGACUUGAAGGCGAAUAUGUGAGGGAGGAGGCAGAGUUGGUGCUCAAGCUUGGCCUUCUUUGCUCACAUCCAUCCCCAGUAAACAGGCCAAGCAUGAGGCUUGUCAUGCAGUAUUUAUGUGGUGACACUCCAUUCCCGGAGAUUUCUCACACAGUCGAUCUAGACAUGAAUCUUCUUCUUCCCAUGUCCUCCUUCCUUGUAGCCUUCGUCCUCCUGUGCCUCGGCCUCAACCUUCCGGGGUUCGGUGAUGCCGGCAACGAGUCCUUUGUCUUCUCCGGCUUCCCCGCCGGCGGUGCCGAUGCCGACCUCAUCACCCUCGACGGCGACGGCACAGUCACCGGGGAAGGACUCCUCGAGCUGACGAACAACGAGACUGAUUCCAAAGGCCACGCGUUCUACCGGAACCCGGUUCAGUUCAAGGACUCCUCCAAUGGCACGGUGCAGUCCUUCUCCGUCGCCUUCGUCUUCGCCAUCAUGUCUGCCUACUCCGAUUUCAGUUCUGAUGGUAUGGCCUUCGUCAUCGCCCCCGGCAAGGAUUUCUCCAACGCGUCGGGGGCUCAGUACUUGGGCUUGGGCUUGCUCAACAGCACGACGAGCAGCAAUAACGGCCCCAGCAGCGACCACUUCUUCGCCGUGGAGCUCGACACCAUCAAGAACAACGAGUUCCACGACAUCGACGCCAACCAUGUCGGCGUCGACAUCAACGCGCUCUCCUCCGUGUAUUCUCACACCGCCGCCUUCCACGACGAAACCGACGACGGUGCGCUCACGACCUUCAGUCUCAUUAGCAGUCAUGGCAAGGCCAUGCAAGCUUGGGUAGACUAUGAUGGCCAGAGCAAACAGCUCAAUGUCACCCUGGCUCCCAUGGGAGUGACGAAGCCGUCGAAACCGCUGCUCUCAAACACCACCGACCUCUCACCUGUGAUCACCGACGACAAGGCUUUCGUUGGCUUCUCCGGCGCAACCGGACCUGGCGGUUCGCAGCACUGCGUGCUCGCCUGGAGCUUCGCCGUGAACGGGCCUGCUCCACCGAUUGAUUUCACCAAGAUCCCCAAGCUGCCCAACUCCAACUCCAACUCCAACUCCAACUCCAGCCACCACCACGAAGCUGCUGGCGGGGUGAAAGGCUUGGAGAUCGGGCUGCCGAUAGCAGCCUUCGUCUUCAUCCUGACCACCUGCAUCACAGCCAUCCUCCUAGUCCGGAGGCACCUCACAUACGCGGAGCUGCGAGAAGACUGGGAGGUCGAGUUCGGGCCGCACCGGUUCUCGUACAAGGACCUGUUCCAGGCGACGGAAGGGUUCAAGAGCAAGCACCUACUCGGCGCCGGCGGCUUCGGCAAGGUGUACAAGGGCGUCCUCCCCAAUUCCGGCACGGAGGUCGCCGUCAAGAGGGUCUCCCACGACUCCUCCCAGGGGCUGAGGGAGUUCAUCUCCGAGGUGGUCAGCAUCGGCCACCUCCGCCACCGCAACCUCGUGCAGCUGCUCGGCUACUGCCGCCGGAAGCACCGCGAGCUGCUCCUCGUCUACGACUACAUGCCCAACGCCAGCCUCGACAAGUACCUCUACGGCGAGGACGACAAGCCGCUGCUGGAGUGGGCGCAGCGGCUCCAAAUCGUCAAGGACGUGGCGUCGGGCCUCUUCUACCUCCACGAGAAGUGGGAGCAGGUGGUCGUCCACCGCGACGUCAAGGCCAGCAACGUGCUCCUCGACGGCGCCAUGGUCGCGCACCUCGGCGACUUCGGCCUCGCAAGGCUGUACGACCACGGCGCCGACCUGCAGACCACGCACGUGGUCGGCACCAUGGGGUACAUCGCGCCGGAGCUCGCGAGGACCGGCAAGGCGUCCCCUCUCACCGACGUGUACGCCUUCGGCACGUUCCUGCUCGAGGUCACCUGCGGCCGGCGCCCGGUGCUCGUCGACACCGUGCACCAUGGCCGGAAGUUGCUGGUUGACCGGGUGCUCGAGUGCUGGCACAGGGGCUCGCUGGAGGAGACCGUGGACUCCAGGCUGCAGGGAAACUACAACGUUGAUGAGGCCAGGAUGGUGCUGAUGCUUGGGCUCAUGUGUUCCCACCCGUUCCCCGGUGAGAGGCCUACCAUGAGGCAGGUCAUGCAGUACCUCGACGGCGAUACGCCGCUGCCGGAGCUGACGCCGGCGGACAUGAGCUUGUUGAGCCUCAUGCAGAACCAGACGUCGUUCGACCAGGCUGCUCUGCAGUAUCCGUGGUCGGGGUCCAGCAUGGGUACGAUGACGACACCGGACAUAUCAUGUGGAAGAUGAGGGUAUAUAUUAUUUCUAUGGCCGUGUUUAGUUUCGGAAGGAAAAAAUUUCGCGACACUGUAGCACUUUCG